UUUCAUUUUCUUUAAUUUAAUUUCACUUCCUCAAUUCUCCAUUGCCAUCAUUCGCUCUACGUCCAGUGAAAGAAAAUGGUGGGUGUUGUUGCAUACUACAAGGGACCAAGCAUAAUAAAGGAGAUAAUAUAUGGAGUGGGGAUUGGGCUAAUGGCUGGUGGCCUCUGGAAAAUGCACCAUUGGAAUUAUCAAAGGAAAACUAAAGAGUUCUAUGAACUGCUUGAUCGAGGUGAUAUCACUGUUGUCAUUCAAGAAGACUAAUAAUUCAUAAUAAUAAGUUUUGGUUCUUAAAUUCUAAACGAUUGUAAACAUUUUGUUCUUGUAUUUAAAAAGUAGCUUUUAAUAAGUAAUAUUAAGGUGUAAUUUAUAAAUUUAUAUAUAUGUUAUAAAUUUUAAUAAAAUAACUUG